AUGAACCAAAUCGCAUGUUCAAGCUCCGGCGGUCUCACCGCCAUUGCGUCCCUUAACUAUCUCCGUCCACUUUACGCGGCUCUGCCUCUAAUAUUGGCCGGCGCCACCGCCACCGCCACCUCCAGGUCUAUUACCACCGGCGUCCGCCAGUUCAGCACUCCAGUGCGUACAGUCAACAAGCUUCAAUCUUCCGCAGCUCGUCAGACGCCACUCACCUCCGGCGCAAUCGCCAUCGUCCGCCACUUUAGUAGCUCACAUCACCCGGAAGAAAAGUUUGGUUUGAUGAGAUGGUUUAACUAUAGGGGUCAUACAUCCAUUCUUCCCUUUGACAAACUUGUGGCCGAAGAUAACGGAUUUCUGGUUAACGGGGAGCUCAAGAUUGUUGCCAGGGUAGGUCUUUUUGAAGCUAUUGGCAAAUUAGAUGUAACUGAAGAAAAUACAACGUCAACAGUGACGGAAAAUGUUAAAGGGUUUCUACUUCUUCCUUCUCAGGCAGAAACUAUGAGCAGAGUGUUUGAAAGACACCCAGAGCUUGCAUCUGAACUCCGUGCAACGAAUCCAAAACUUAGGACAGGUUACUUGAGUUUUUUGCUCAAUCUUAUUGAGACUAUGUGCCAGUCGCCUCAGGAGCUCUCUAAAGAUGAUAUGACGAGUGCGCAUGCUGCUCUUAAGUACAUGACAGAUGCAGGGUUUAAGUUGGAUUGGUUGCAGAAAAAACUUGAUGAGUUGUGUGAAAUCAAGGAGAAAGAGAAGGUUUGUGAGACUCAGCUGCAAGAAAUGGAGAACGAGUUGGAGAGCUUGAAGAUGAAGUGUUCAGACAUGGAAGCUCUGGUACAGAAGGAGAAAGCAAAGAUGUCGGCUACAAAACUUCCUCUCUCAUUCGAUGAUCUUGUUUAA